CAUAGCAAUAGAUGUAAACAUUACUGGUGUCCAAAAGUUUGUCAACAAAUUUUGUAUUUUUGUAUUUUGUUUCUCUCUGGGUAUUAUUAAUUGGACUUAUAUGUUCAGAUAGUGAUAUUUUCAAUUGAAAGUCUAGAUAGUGUGUGCUUUCUGGGCGUGUAGACAGACAGAGCUAAAUUAGAAGAGACUAGGCUACAUUCUACACGUCACGACGAAGUGCUUCAUGACAAAAAGUCAUGCUGUUCCUGUCUAGAUUUCCUGCUUGGCACAUGUUUCUGCUGUCACUUCUGGUUUGUUUGAGGGUCCGAAGAUUUAUUGCAUCUCCAGAUGCCCUGAGAAGGUUUGAUACAUGUCUUCACAAUGUUACGUCGCCAGAGAAAGAGAGUAGCACCUUUGGAUGGCAGCAUCACAGUUGAAGUUCGAGAGGGGAGGCAUCUUAGAGUGCAGCACUUCAAUGCAUGCCCAAGGGAUGCUAAAUUUGAAAAUGAGAUGCAACUGUACAUACAAUACAGGCAAACGGGAAUUCGGUCUUCCGGUCCUUUAGUGAUGUCACGGAAGCCUGUGAGUAACUUAAAAAGAAAAUCAGUUGACUGUGGUGAUGAGAGACUUCAAAAUUCUCAUCCGAAUUUCAUUCAAGACAAGAAUGAAAUGUGUUCUGGGAAAAAAACCAUUGGGUUGGAUAAAGUAGCUGCAUGUGCUACUGAUGAUGCGGUGGUGUCCUUAAAACGUGAUCCUGAGAGCCCUAAAAGUGGUACUAGAAUAUUGGACAGUGCAUCUCUUUCAAGCAGUGUGUUUUCUAGUCCAUCUCACCAGACAGCAUCAGAACAUGUUAGAUCUGCAUCGAGUGUUCAGUUAGCUUUACAUGUCAAAAAUCAACAACAACAACAGCAGACAUUGAUUCAAAAGAUUCAGACAAGCCUCCCAGCUGAUAUUGCUGAGACUGAAUCUGAAAGUAAAGAUCAGAACAGUUGGACCAAUGUACCAGAGUCGACAAAAGAGAAUGUUGGGGAUGGUCUUGCACAGGACAAUAUAGUAGCACUUAGCUCUACGGGUCCAUUCACUCUAGAGGCAAUGACAAAUCAAGUUUCUGUACAUUCCACUUCUGUAAAUAGCCAAAGCCACAAGACAGGCCAGGACCCUCAGCCACCAGCUCCUGAAGACGGGGCCAACAAUGUGGAUUCUGUUGAACCUACAGUGCAUAAGGAUUUAGCAUUGUUUUUCAUUCAUGGUGUUGGAGGAUCUUCAGACAUUUGGUGUGCUCAGACAAAAUAUUUUUCUGAUCUGGGCUUCGAGGUUAUUCUUCCUGACCUAAUAGGUCAUGGCUUUAGUGGUACCCCGAAGCAGGCUAAAGCUUACCACUUCAAGGAAAUCGCUGCUGACUUGGAGAGCCUCUUUGAUAAAUACUGCAAAAGAAAAAAUGUCGUCAUUGGCCAUUCAUAUGGUGCAUCUUUUGCAUCACAUCUUGGGCGCUAUCGCCCUCGGAGAGUCUCAAAGUUAAUUCUCAUCAGCGGUGGACCUCCUACUCCUCUUGCCCCUCAACCAGGAGUGUUCAGUCUACCAACAUGCCUUCUUACGUGCAUCAGUCCUUGUCUUAGGAGGGGUUUCUACAAAGGAGCCUUCCAUAACAAAAGAACUCCGGUGUUGCCCAAAGAAGAGGCAUUUAACAUCCCAACCUACGUCCUUCAGAAUACAAUGAAUGGACAGGACUGGCCAGAAGGGGAUGAGAUUUUCCAUAACUGGCUCACCUGUCCUUGCCUCUUGGUCUACGGGUCCGAGGACAAACUUGUGUCGCUGAAGGAAGAACAGGAGAUGGCAGAGACAAUCUUUGACUCACAUCUAGAAGUCAUACAGGACGCCAGCCACAUGGUGAUGAUGGAAGCCCCUGAUGACGUCAAUCAGCUGAUACAUGCAUUCAUCUUACAAUCCUCCAGCCUCGUCAGCCCAACAGCUCGCAAUAACAACGCAACGACCAACGCAAGCAUCUCUGACACACCCCGGGAACCUCCACCUCCUUUGAGCCAAAGGUCAAAAAGCAGACUUUCGCAGAGAUCCCUAAAAUCUGGUAAAGGGCAGAGAUCUCUACCACAUAAUUUGUUAAGUAAAAGUUUUAAGACGUAGCACAAUAUUAUAUUUCGGCAGCUUGCCAUGAGAAUGGCUUUAUUCAGACCUAUGACAAAUUCAAACUGAGCCACGUUGGCAUUCCUCACACAAUGGCAUACUGUCAGGUCAUGAAAUGGUGUAAAUACUCAGACAAAUUUCCAAAUUAUAUUUAAAUCUUUAUCGUUUAUGUCAGGGAAAAAA